AUUCGCUCGCUGGCAUCUCGCUGAUUAGUGUGGACCCGAAGCAUUGUUAAGCGCUAGAAGCCGCCAUGGAAGAAACAGAACAAGGGCACCCCACAAAGCCCGCAGACGUUGCAGGGCUCCGUGGUUCACAGGUUUCUGAUUCAGAGGGAAUUGCGGAGUCACCUGAGAACCUUGCUUUGGCUCCUGUGGCCUUAUCCGCAGUGCCAGAGGAGGCAGUGGCUAGUCUAGAAACCACAUCCCUCCCCAAAGCAAAGGAAGGGUCAGGCUCAAAAGCGACCUCCCGACCUUGUCUUGUUUCUCGGCAUCAAUCGCGUGACAGCUCACACGAUUUGGAUUUGGACGCAAUGGAUGCCAUAUCGGAAACUAAGAAGUCUAGGCAUAGCAAGGCCAAUACCCCCGGCGCUAACGCAACCAAGCCCAAAGCGUUGCCGAACAUUCCGGCCGCCGACAAUCACGAUGACGACGAGUCCUACAAAGACCGGAUUCGUCUAGGAAUCUGCGCCAUGGAUAAAAAAGCUCGUUCCAAGCCUAUGGCAGAGAUUCUUUCGCGACUCGACGAGAGUCUCUUUCAAGUAGUCUUCUUUGGAGACGAUGUAAUAACCAAUAAGCCCAUAGAAGAAUGGCCGGUUUGUGACGUUGUGGUGGCCUUUUUCAGUAAGGGUUAUCCCCUCGACAAGGCGAAGGAAUACGUCAAAUUGCGCAAACCUUUUAUCCUGAACGAUCUCGAUACACAGGAACUGUUGCAGGAUCGACGACGGGUCUACGAUUUAUUGGAAGGUUCAGGGAUUGAUGUACCUCGACACGUUUACUUGAGCCGGGACGGCUACAUUUCGACGGGUACGGGGGACGGCAAUGGAAGUCGCCAUCAAGAAGUUAUUGAGUUUGAUGACCACAUUGAAAGAAACCCGUCAAUGCAGAAGACCACAAUAUUGCCAUUUAGUUACCCUACUAGUGCUGGUGGUGGGUGCAAGAAACUCUUCCGAAAGAUUGGCAACCGCUCGUCCGAGUUUUACCCUGACAUCAACGAGGUCCGACGUGAUGGAAGCUACAUAUAUGAGGAGUUCGUCGAGACGCAAGGCACGGACGUAAAAAUGUAUACAGUAGGACCGGAAUAUGGACAUGCUGAAGCGCGCAAAUCUCCAGCAGUUGAUGGUAAAGUAGAACGGAAUUCGGACGGCAAGGAAGUUCGAUUUCCUGUUAUUCUAACCUACCGAGAAAAGGAAACGGCGAGACGCAUCGUUCUGGUUUUUAAGCAGUUUGUUUGUGGAUUCGACAUACUUCGUGUCCAAGUCGGGCAAUCUGUCGUCUCCAAAUACUAUGAUGAUUGCGCACAAAUUCUUUCGGAACACAUUCUUGCGCUCAUCAAGCCAGCGGCGCUUAAAACGUUUUCAACAUUAGACCCAUUAGUGACCACAAGUCUGAAUCGGCUGGACGAAGAGAUUACCGAGGGGGAUGUGCCCAAACGGAAGGAUACUUUUAUGUCUAGAGCGAGUCGCAUGUUACAAGGCGAGCCAGCUGAAGACGAUGAUGAAGAGGAAGACAGUAAAUACAAAGCUUUGUUACCGCACGAAAAUACCCAUUCCCCACCCCGUUCAGAAACAGGCGAGCUUCUUUCCAACGCUGCGACGACUCUGGUCGAAGGAGCAGUUCCAGUCCGUGAGUUUCCCAACAACCUAACCUCGGAGCCUGCUUCGUUGACGCAUUCGGCGAAUAGUUCAGUAGUUGAUGAGAAGGACAGGGAUACCCCCCGUCGCCGGCGAUCAACUUCUCUGAGCAUGCCCGGUUCGCAUCAGGAAGAACUUCGCUGCGUUCUUGCGAUUGUUAGACACGGGGACAGAACCCCAAAGCAAAAGUUGAAAGUGAAUAUGACGGAGCCACAUAUUCUCAAAUACUUCCACGACCACAAUAAAGGAGAUUGCCAAAAGGACCUCAAGGUGAAGGCUAAGGCUCCUCUUACUGAGUUCUUGCAGACGGUGAAGAACACUUUGAAAGAACUGCCAGGUACCGAUCAUGAAGGCGUGCGAUAUCAAAUGAUGCAUAUGCGCGACAUUCUGGAACGUUGGAAGAUUCUCGGAUUGAAUCGAAAGCUGCAGAUCAAGCCUCGGAAGUUUGAGGAGUAUGAAGACGAGAAAGGAGAAUUAAAGAAACGAUGCGUGGAAGUGCAACUCAUUUUGAAGUGGGGAGGCAACUUGACUAAGCUUGGCGAGAAGCAAUCAAUUAACCUCGGCAGGCGUCUUCGGCAUGAAAUGUACCCGGACGCUCCAGGGGGAGGAAUCCUUCGUCUUCAUUCAACAUUUCGUCACGACCUAAAGAUAAAAACCAGUGAUGAAGGGAGAGUGAUGAAGACUGCGGCCGCUUUUGCAAAGGGUCUCCUCGAACUAGAAGGAGAUCUACCCCCUAUUCUAGUCUCGCUGGUCCAUAAAGAGAAGGGCAGCCUGCACAUGCUUGAUCCGUCAGGUAACAAAGAGGUGAAGAUGGAGCUUGAUGAAUGCAAAGAAAAGAUAACGGCAAACCUACAGCGAGACAUCGACAUCGGCACUGCAAAGGAAUCCGAAAUUGAGCAGCUCGUUGGGCCCAUGGCUCUGACUUCUCUCCGAAACGCGCUCGAGAAUGUGGGGAAUCCGCGAAAGACAUUAUUUGCGAUUCAUCAAACCAUGGGUGAAUUGCUUGAGCAGCUGGAGGAGAUGCUCGGAGAUAUGGGAAGUGGAGACGAGAAAAGGAUUGAAGGAGGUGAAGGAAUAAAAGGCGAGAACGACGACGAUGUUGCGCUGAGCGGCGUCAAACUUUACAAAGGAGAAACUCUUUUGGAACUGACUGAGCGUUGGCGUUUCAUUUACGAUCGUCUCUACGAUUCCGACACUGACCAAUUUGACUUGUCUCGCAUUCCCGAUGUUCACGACAACGUUCGUUUCGACGUGUUGCAUAAUCCACACCUUGGCUUGACCAAUACACUCCAUAAACUUUAUGAGUGUGCCAAGUACAUGGCCGAUUGUGUUGUUCCUCAAGAAUACGGAACAACUGUAGAAGAGAAAAGGAGCGUGGGAGUCAAAAUUUGUAAAGGCCUAUUGGAAAAAAUCAUGUAUGAUUUGAGUGUAGCUCGAACGGACAAUGAAGUGGAUAUGCGCUACAUGAUCAAUAUGGAUUAUAGCGCCGACCUUCCGAUCAAUACUAUGGGACGCCGUAUUCGUACCCGUUUGUAUUUCACGUCCGAAUCUCAUCUGCACACCGUUUUGAAUGCCCUUCGGUUUGCGGGCGACGGAGGUGCCAAUCCUCUUCUAUCUGAGCAUGGCGUGUCAAUCAUCAAUGGCACCCCUGAGCUUUGCUAUCUUACCCAAAUUGUCAUGAGAGUGUUUGAGGAUAGCAGGAGAGAGAUGCAUGAUCCUCGGCGAUUCCGAGUUGAAAUUUUGUUCAGUCCCGGCGCUACUGCUACUCCAUUCCAUCUGCACGAAGGUGAUCGGGAGCAAGAUACAUCACGUUUCGACACAGCACCUUUGAAAAUGAUUGGCCGAGAAGGAUUGACUUGUGCCGAAGUCGAGGAGUUUUUUGAAAAAGUGAUCAUGGCCGGGCGUACGGAGGAAGACGAGAACGAGCUUGCUUCAACAUCAACAGCUACUGUGGAUGCCAAAGCACCGAAAGACAAGUCAAAGAAGAAAAAGACUGUCAACUUGGACAAUGGAACCGCGCGCGAAAUUGGUAAGACCUCCGCCGAGAUAAAUUCUUUCCCGCCGUCUGCUUCCGUCGAGCCAGAUACAGUGACUUUGCUAAAAAGUCGUACAGAAAAAGGUCUGCCUGAAAGCAAAACCGAUGUGCGUCCAGGAGAAGCGGAGUCUGUGCAUUCGACCAACGAAAAGCCAGCGGAUUCUAUCGCUAUCCCAGCCGAUAGUCAUCUCAAUGUCCCAUUUAAAGAUCGAGAAGCAGAAGCGUCCAAGAUUGUGGCUCGUAAGUACUUUUGGAGUACUGUAGCCGUUGGGAGCUUUACCCUGGCGGUCGGAUGCCUGUACAUGGCUUUUAGUAUGGGAGAUGACACAAGGCGCAGGCGACGAUGGGCGUCUCGUCGUUAA